UCAUUCUUGACGCUGGAAUGGGUGAACCCUAAUGUUUCAGAAUCUGGGACCUACCUGUGUAAGGCUAAUGCUUUUAACCAAGCAGAUGAUAUUCUUGUUAUCAAUGAAAGUAAAGAUGUCACCUUUACACAACAAUCAGUAAGCAGUUUAUCGAAUAGACUUCUAGAGCUAGAGAAUGAGAUGAACAAUAUACUACAGAAACCGGAGAAUGACUUCAAUAACCUUACGGCUCAAUCAACUCAAACUAAAAAUAAACUUCAGAAACUGGAGAAUGACUUGAAUAACAUUACGGAUCAAUUAACUCAAACUGAAAAUAAACUACAGAAAAUGGAGAAUGACUUCAAUAACCUUACGGCUCAAUCAAAUCAAACUAACAAUACACUACGUAGAAUGGAGAAUGACUUCAAUAACCUUACGGCACAAUCAACUCAAACUAAUAAUACACUACGUAGAAUGCAGAAUGACUUUAAUAACCUUACGGCUCAAUCAAAUCAAACUAAAAAUAAACUUCAGAAACUGGAGAAUGACUUCAAUAACCUUACGGCUCAAUCAACUCAAACUGAAAAUAAACUACAGAAACUGGAGAAUGACUUCAAAAAUCUUACGGAUCAAUCAACUCAAAAUGAAAAUGAACUACAGAAACUGGAGAAUGACUUCAAAAAUCUUACGGCUCAAUCAACGCGAACUGAAAAUAAACUUCAGAAACUGGAGACGAAGCUGAGUGCUUUGGAAUCAACAAUUUUCAAGACAUCCACAGUUGUUAACGGUCGUCAGUAUCACUUGUCCCUGUAUGAACCUAACUCGGCAGUCAAUGCAGAAAUGGCGUGUGAAGCCCUGGGUGGCUACUUGGCCGAGGUGGAUGAUAAGAAUGAAUAUGAUGUUCUCAAAACGUUGAUAGGAAUGCCUUCAGCCCACGGCAUAUCUUUUCUGCUCGGUGGAACAGAUGAGGGGCACGAAGGUCGUUGGGUAAACCGCCACAGUGGAACACCUUUGGGUUACACGUCAUGGAUGCAAGGCAACCCGGAUAACAAUUUAUUUAAUGGCGUAAGAGAAAACUGCCAAGCCAUGGUGCAUUUUGACUCAGUAUAUGAUUUCGUUAUGAAUGAUGUCACUUGUUUUAAUUCAAAUGCUGGAAUGACUAAAUUGUACUUCAUUUGUGAAGUACCGAUAUAA